UUGUUUGAAAAGGAAGUUGCCAGUAAGGAGCUCGUGGAAAGAAUGUCUGCUGAGGUCUCUGGUGCUUACUUUAAAAGGAUUAGCUUCUUCUGGAUGGCGGUCAUUACUGGAUCCUUUGGCUAUUUCACUCUACUGAUGUUUUGGCCACAGACCAUUCCAUACAAGAGCCUGGGACUGUGGGGCAACUUCUCCAAGUAUCUGGUGGACAAAUAUCACCCCCAUUUAUACAUCGGCUACUGGUUGGCCUGGUUGGUCCAUAUUGCUGAGGCACUGUACAGUGUAAAACUCUGCAGCGACAAAGGGAUCACAAGCCUAAGUACUCGAAUCAAGUGGGCGUUUCAAACAUUUUUGUUUGGGAUCACCUCCCUCCAGCUCCUGCUUUCGUACAAACCAGAGCAGAAGAAAAAGUGAAGACCCGACAAAACAUCUCAAAUUUCCUCCGUUUUCAGGGAAAGUGAAGUCUUAAAAUUAAUGGGGUUGGUGUAUUUCUAAUAAUGUGACCAAUAAUCUCUGGUUGAGAUCUGCAACCAAAUCACUGGCUAUUCUCACGUACUGUUUCAUUACUUAUACCAGCUUAGGUUUUCAAGUCAAAAUGUCAGUCACCCAUUUAAAAUGAAUAAUCUCCUGCUUUUAUAACAUUAGGAAUCACUGGAGGCCAUUCAGCCUUGAAGCCUGUUCCACCAUUGAAGAUGUACCUCAGUUCCAUAUUUCUGCCUUUGGUGUGCUUCUCUUGAGAUCCUUAUCCACUAAAAAUACAGCAUUCCCAGUCUUGAAAAGCUCAGUUGACGAUUUCCAAUCUUUUCACCAAUUGGAAAGAGUUUCCACUGCUCUUUGUGUGGAAAAUGAUUACCCUUGUCUCCACAGCUGAAUAGCCUGGAUUGUUUUUUAAAGUGUGACACUAGAUUUCCUCUGCUAGGUGAAACAUACUCGGUACUUACCCCAUCAAAUCAACUUUAAUCACCUCAGUCAGAUCAUCUCUCAACCUUUCAUUGUGAAAGGAAUGAAAAUCAAGUUUCUGCAACUUGGGAAAGUGAAGGCCUCCCUGUCUACCAGACAGUGCCUGCAACUGUUGAUGGCAAAUUGAUUAUUUAAAGAGAAAACUUUUGAGUGGAAUUAAGCUCAGUCGGUUCUAUCUCAUUUCUGUACCAUGGUCAGGCAGGAUGCAUCCACUUUUUCAUAGGCUCCUUCUGCAACACCCUAAGAAGCACGAGUGAAGAUAACCAGUCUGUUGGCUCUUCCACCAGGUUGGAUUGGGCUGUGCACACACUUGCAACUUCCCUGGUCUGGUUAAUAGUGUGGAUCAUUGAAAACACUGAUUGAACUAAAGGAACUUAGUCAUAUCAGCCUUGGAGCAGAGAAUUCAGACCCUGGUAUCUGUUCUUAAAGGCCAUAAUUUUGUGAACUUCAAGCUUUUACAUAUUAUGUGCAAUGAUUUUUAAUUCCAUUAUGUCGAAAUAAACCUUGCAACAUGUCCAUAUAUUACUCAUCCGAAUGCUUGACUGUUCAGUGUGCUUCAUUUAACAGUUCACUCUUGGGUCUUCACUGAAGCCCCACACAAGAAAUUGACUAUUGAGACGUGGGCCGAAAUUUUGUAAGUUACUCAUCUGUGAUGCAGCAGUUAAGGCUGCUGUCUCACAGCUCCAGAGACCAGUGUUUGAUCCUGACCUCCUAUGUUGAUUGUGUGGAGCUUGUACAUUCUCCCUGUAACUGUGUGGAUUUCUCCUGCCCCCCACCUCUCAACCUCACA